AUCAGAGGCUGUAUAAUGUAGAGAAACCCUACAGAUGUGAAGAAUGUGACAGGUCCUUUACUUCGAUGUCAAGUUUCAAAUUACAUCAAGGAAAUCAUACUGGAGAGAAACCCCACAAAAGUGAAGAAUGUGGCAAGUCCUUUAAUGAAAUGUCAAGGCUUAGAGUACAUCAGCGAAUGCAUACAGGAGAGAAACCCUACAGAUGUGAAGAAUGUGGAAAGUCCUUUAAUUGAAUGUCACAUCUUAGAGGACAUCAGCAAAUGCAUAGAGGAGAGAAACCCUACAGAUGUGAAGAAUGUGGCAAGUCCUUUAGUCGAAUGUCACAUCUUCGAGUACAUCAGCGAAUACAUACAGGAGAAAAACCUUACAGAUGUGAAGAAUGUGGCAAGUCCUUUAGUCAAAUGGCACAUCUUAGAGCACAUCAGCGAAUGCAUACAGGAGAGAAACCAUACAGAUGUGAAGAAUGUGGCAAGUCCUUCAGUCACUUGUCAGAUCUUAGAGUGCAUCAGCGAAUACAUACUGGAGAGAAACCCUACAGAUGUGAAGAAUGUGGCAAGUUCUUUAGUAAAUGGUCACAUUUUAGAGUACAUCAGCGAAUACAUACUGGAGAGAAACCCUAUAGUUGUGAAGAAUGUGGCAAGUCCUUUAGUCACAUGUCAGAUCUUAGAGUACAUCAGCGAAUACAUACUGGAGAGAAACCCUACAAAUGUAAAAAAUGUGGCAAGUUCUUUAGUCAAAUGUCACAUUUUAGAGGACAUCAGCGAAUGCACAAAGGAGAGAAGCUGUACAGAUGUGAAGAAUGUGCCAAGGCCUUUACUCAUAUGUCAACAUUUCAAUUACAUCGGCAAAUACAUACAGGAGAGAAACCAUACAACUGUGCAGAAUGUGGCAAGUCCUUUAGUAGCAUGUCAUAUAUUAGAAUACAUCAGCGAAUACAUACCGGAGAGAAACCCUACAGAUGCGAAGAAUGUGGGAAGGCAUUUAGUUGCAUGUCAAGGCUUAGAAGACAUCAGCAGAUACAUACUGGAGAGAAACCCUACAGAUGUGAAGAAUGUGGCAAAUCCUUUCGUGAAAAGGCAAGUCUUAGAGGUCAUCAGCGAAUACACACUGGAGAGAAACCCUACAAAUGUGAAGAAUGUGGCAAGACAUUUAGUCGCAUGGCAAGCCUUAGAAAACAUCAGCAGAUACAUACUGGAGAGAAACCCUAUAGAUGUGAAGAAUGUGGCAAGUCAUUUAGUGAAAAGGAAAGUCUUAGAGGUCAUCAGCGAAUCCACACUGGAGAGAAACCCUACAGAUGUGAAGAAUGUGGCAAGACAUUUACUCGCAUGACAAGUCUUAGAGGACAUCAGCAAAUACACACUGGAGAGAAACCUUACAGAUGUGAAGAAUGUGGCAAGACUUUUCGUAGCAAGUUAGGGCUUAGAGGACAUCAGCAGAAACAUACUGGAGAGAAACCCUUCAGAUACAAAGAAUGUGGCAAGUCCUUUAGUGAAAUGUCAAGCCUUAGAGGACAUCAACGAGUGUGCACUGGAGAGAAACGCUUCAAAUGUGAAGAAUGUGGCAAGUCCUUUAAUGAAAUGUCAAGUCUUAGAGGUCAUCAGCGAAUACAUACUGGAGAGAAACCCUACAGAUGUGUAGAAUGUGACAAGUUCUUUAGACACAUGACAUCUCUUAGAGUACAUCAGCGAAUACAUACUGGAGAGAAACCCUACAGAUGUGAAGAAUGUGGCACAUCCUUUUGUGAAAUGUCAAGUCUUAAAGUACAUCAGCGAAUACAUACUGGAGAGAAACCCUACAAUUGUGAAGAAUGUGGCAAGGCCUUUAGUCGAAUGUCAAGUCUUAGAAUACAUCAGCGAAUACAUACUGGAGAGAAACCUUAUGGAUGUGAACAAUGCGGCAAGUCCUUUAAGCAAAUGUCACAUCUUAGAGUACAUCAGCGAAUACAUACUGGAGAGAAACCCUAUAGUUGUGAAGAAUGUGGCAAGCCCUUUAGUCGAAUAGCAAGUCUUAGAAUACAUCAGCAAAUACAUACUGAAGAGAAGCUCUACAGAUAUGAAGAAUGUGCCAAGGCCUUUGCUCAUAUGUGAACAUUUCAAUUACAUCAGUGAGUUCAUACAGGAGAGAAACCCUACAAGUGUGAGGAAUGUGUUAAUUAUGUUAGUGAAAUGUCAAUUCUUAGAGGACAUCAGCAGAUACGUACUGGCGAGAAAACCCUAGAGAUGUGAAGAAUGUGCCAAGGCCUUUAGUGAAAUGUCAGAUCUUAGAGUACAUCAUUGAAUACAUACUGGAGAGAAACCCUCAGAUGUGAAGAAUGUGGCAAGUCCUUUAGACACGUCAAUUAUUAGAGGACAUUGGCGAAUACAUACUGGAGAGAAACCCUAGAGAUGUGAAGAAUGUGAAAAAAUCCUUUACAGUGAGUUAAACUUAUGAGACACAUCAGAGAAUUCAUAUCAAAGAGAAUCCCUGCAAAUAUGAGGAAUGUAAGAAGUCCUUUAAAAAUAUGUCUCAUCUUAGGGCACAUCAUGUAAAUCAUAUUUGAGAGAAAUCCUACAAAUGUGAAGCAUGUAACAAGUCCUUUAGUCGUUUGUCAGAUUUAAUGUUUCAUCAGAGAAUUCAUACUGCAAGUAACCAUUCCGAAAAGAAGAAUGUGACAAACUGAGAGCUCAGCACACAGAAGACAGAAAAUUCACUGUAGAGAGAAACUCCACGAUUGAAAAGAGAAGUACUGUACUUGUAUUUCAACUCUGGAUAUAUAAGGAACAAGGCAAUUCCUUUAAUCAUAUGUCAUGGUGGCAGUUAUCAAAAAUUCAUACUAGAGAGAGAGUUUACAGUUGUAUAGAAUGUGGUACAUUGUUUACCCUGGGCUCAAUCCUUAGAAAACAAAACAGAAUCUGUAGUAGAGGGAUAUAUCUAAAAGUCUGGAAAAUAUUCAGAUGCUUAUGUUUAUAUAUUACAAAGCUUCAUAGUGUACUGAAGGAAAACAGAAUUAAGUUUAAUAUUGCAAAAUUUCCAAUCAAAAUUUAUUUUAAUUCAUAUGUGUGUGAAGCUAGCAACAUAAAAACUGUGAGAAAGUGUUCCCUUUCCCAUACAAUCUUGUUGAAUGUCACAGAAUCCUUAUUUAUUGAGAACCUACAGAUAAAAAUCAUGUCAGCUACCAUUUACAAAUGGCUCCUGUCUUAGGAAACAUUAGAUAUUUCAUAGUGAACAGGAACCUCACACAAUUCAAAGAUUAAUAUCUCAUUAUUUACUGUCAAAGAAUACACUGUGUCAAUAAAGCACCUAAGUGUCAAUGAAUUGCUACAUACUCUCUAAAUAGCAUGUGAAUACAUGAAAAUGUUAACACAUAUAUGCGACUUGGAAUAUCCUAAAGUGUAUGAAGUAGCAGUAUCUUAAUUUAGAUAUGAAAGGGGAAAAUAUUUAUCCAAAUCUUUUUAACAGUGGAAAUUCCAUAAUAAAAUGACCAGGGCACAGUACACUCACUAUAAUAUGAGAGUGUAGAAUGUUACAGAAAAUAUUUUAAGAAUUUAUGUCAGUAAUUUCUACAUUUUCAUCAAAUGGUAUAUAUUUUGAUAGAUGUAACUGUCUUAUUUAGAAAUAUUUGAAGCCAUAGGCUAAUUUUACCUUCAACUAAAUUUAUAUUUUCACUGGGCAUGAUGGUUCACGGUUAUAGUCCCAGGACUUGGGAGGCAGAGACAGACAGAUCUCUGGGAGUUCAAUGCCAGGUUGGUGUUCAUUCUGAGUUUGAGGUCACCCGUGGCUAUAGGGAGACCCUGUCUCAGCAAAAAAAAAAAAAAAAAAAAACCCCAAAAUUCAUAUUUUCUAAUUUAUAAAGGGUAAUAUCAAAAUAUAUAACAUUUUUUGACUCAGUUGAAGGGAUAUAUUUUCCUUCAAUGCAUUAGCAAUGCUUCACUAGUUCCAUUUGUUCUGUGAAUAAUUCAUGGACAAGGAAAAUUCAUCAUAGUAGACGAAUUUUUUAUUUAUUUUUUGAUAAGUGAGAAUGCAUUUUAGUGUGAUGUAUGUUUGGCAUAUUUCUACCAUAGGAAAAGAAAAGGAGAAUCCUGAGUAUCCAAAAGCAAUGAUUUUCAAUGACUCAUGGGUGAGAAUAAUUUGCAAAGUAUGUUAAUUUAGUGCUGAAUAACACAAUAGAAAGAAUGGUUAGAUAUUUUCAGUAUUAAUUGAUGUGGUUAAAAACAAAAGAACCAGACAAAAAUGAAAAUUUUACCCUACAAGUUUCGUGAUUUUUAUUUAUUUAUUUAUUUUUUAUCUUUUUGAGACAGGGUCUUCCUGAAGCCCCAGCUGUCCUGGAAGUCACUAUGUAGACCAGGCUGGCCCUGAACUCACAGAUUAAAGGCAUCCGCCACCACGCCUGGAAAGUUUUGUGAUUUUUAACAUUUUACUAUCCUUUUAGAUUUUAGCCUAGGUCUUUGAAAAUGGCAGAUAGUGUUAAAAAUUGAAGACACUGUCAUCUAAAGUCCCAGUACUUGAGAGGCAGAGGCAGGUGGAUCUCUGUGAGUUUAAGGCCAGCGUGGUCUACAUAGUUCCAGGCCAGCUGGGGCUAAAGGGAGAUAUUGUCUGCCAAGUCAGAAUACUAUUGAUGGAAAGAAAAAAAGUUAUUAUGUAAGAUAUCAUUGUAAAUUAUAUUUAUACAAAAAUGUAAAUACUCAAAAACAUAUAUUGAUAUAUGUGUAGAUAGACUCAUAUCUACAGGAAACUUAGCUGUGUUCCCAGUACUGUAGCUUUUUGAAGACUGUACAUUAUUUGUUAAUUUAAUAUGGAAAUAAAUUCAGUCUCUCUUGCUUUCUAGGGAUUAUGUGAUAAUUUGUUUCAGUAGUGGCUGCAUGAGAACUGAUGACUCCGUACAUUAUCAAGGCAUCACUACUAUUAGUUGACAGUGUGAGUUAAUAAUGCCUUAUGCAGAAUUCAUGAGUGACAUCAAAAUGUUGAUUUGCUUCAUUUAUUGAGUGCACUAAGAAUGCACGUCAGUGUAAAGUAGCACUGCUGGGCUUCAGUCCUCUGCUAAUUCAAAACAGUCAUUCCUGAAUAUUUGAAAUGAACUAUAUUUUGAUUCAUAAGAUGAAUAUGUGUGUUUUGGGGGUCCGAAGACUUUCCUGAAUUGACCACUCAGACACUGAGUCUCAGUAAAACACAAGCGCUUUAUUGGAACCAACCGCUGGGGACACAGACUUGGGAGCUGUACUGCGACCUCUGAGCUGUGAAAGUGCAGGGCUUUCAAGCAUAAAAACCACAAAACGGGAUUUCUAUAGUAACAAAAAUCAGAAGUACUAGGAAAGAGUUUGAAACAACUGAAGGGGAUUUUCAGACCCUGUAACUUUUGUAGCCAUUGGCUACCUGCAUUGAGGCACAAUGCUGUUCUUCCUCUGCCUUGGACUACAGGUUGUUCCAGGAGAUGUCUUUGUUCUGUCUGACAAGGAGGGAACCUGGAGGGAGGUGGGGUACCUGUCCAGGGGAUUUCCACAGUUAGGCAUGGGAGGGUCCAAGGGGCACUCAGUCUAGGGGAUUUUCCAAAGACAGGAAGGGGGGGUCUGGCGAAGGGUACCACCUUUGCGUGUAAGUUCACUCAAUUACUAAUGUCUUAUUAAAUUAAAAUUUUAAAUAUUUUUGAAUGUUAUUAAUAAAAUUUUUGUGUAAAACUAAAUUGAGAAAAUAAUCGUAAAACAUAAGUAUAUUUAUAUACUCAUCCAUAGCUGUAUUAAAAUUUUAGUGUUGCUCUUUGAAAAUGGUGUGUAAUGCCAUACAA